AUGUCAGUCAAAUUCAACGUCGAUAUUCCUUUGGCGGAUUUGAAGGAGCCCGAAAUUUGCCAUGGGGGAUAUGAGCCUUUGAAUCCACGCUCUGAAGUACUCUCAACAGGAAGCUCAACUGCACCCGGAAGACUUAUCCUACCUUGCGAUAUUCUUAUAGAGCAUGAUGUCGCGAUUCCAGUGAGAGACGGCUGCACAUUAUACGCCGAUAUUUAUCGACCUCCGACUGCCCUAGCACGCUCUACUCCAGCAAUUUUGUGUUGGAGUCCGUUCGGAAAAAAGUUUAAUGGAAUAGAGUCUCUACGGCUCAUGACGCCGUGGAAUCUUGGAAUCCCCGAUGGAACACUCAGCGGCCUAGAAAAGUUCGAAGCCCCCGAUCCGGCCGAAUUCGUUGAUCACGGAUACGCUAUCAUCAACGUGGACUCGCGGGGUGCAUUUGACUCCGAAGGAAUAAUGGCAAUCAUGGGGACACAAGAAGCGCAAGAUGGGUACGAUGUGAUCGAGUGGAUUGCUCAACAGUCUUGGUGCAACGGAAAUGUCGGCAUGGCCGGCAAUUCGCAUCUUGCAAUUGUUCAGUGGUUCAUUGCUGCGCUGCAGCCACCAUCGCUGAAAGCCAUUGCACCCUGGGAAGGAUGUGGAGAUCUUUAUCGUGAACAAUUUGCUCGUGGUGGUAUUUACGGUGGCGACCUGUUCGAUCAUCUCAUCGUGAAAUACAUCUUGCGAGGUCGGAAUGGAAUAGAGAGCUUCCGAGACAUGUUUGACCAGUCUCCCCUUGCUAACGACUGGUGGAACGACAAACGACCCGAUAUGACAAAGAUCAACAUUCCUACUUAUAUCACCGGGACAUGGACCAACACAAUGCAUGGCAUGGGCGCCAUUCGAGGCUGGCUAGAUGUCAGCUCAUCGCAUAAGUGGCUUCGCUGGCAUCCGUACCAGGAGUGGUAUGAUAUUUGGGGAAAUCAGGAGGCUCAAGCCGAGCUUCUUUCUUUCUUUGACAAGUAUUUGAAAGGGGUUGAGAAUGGCUGGGAAUCGACUCCUCGUGUACGAAUGGCAGUCCUGAGAUACGGAGAAAAAGCCCCGUUAAAGAAUGUGGUUGAAGAUGACUUCCCACUUCCUCGUACGGUAUACAAAAAGGCUUAUCUCACUGCCAAUGGCGGAUUGACGCUUGACAAAGUCCCCGAGUCAAGUUUGAUCUCCUACAAUUCCGAAGAUGCAACCGAUAUAGCGAAAUUCACCUAUACCUUCACCGAGCGUACCCAGCUGGUCGGUAUACCAAAGGCAAUUUUGUAUAUGCAUUGCGACGAUUUGGAUGACAUGGAUGUCUUUUUGAAUCUGAGUAAGUUGUCUGCUUCGGGAGAGCAACUUCUGAACCUUAACAUUCCGUGGGAAAACCUUCCUGUCUCGAAGAUCUCCGAGAUCCCAGAAGAAAAACGAACAGAGGUCAUUCUGUACCAAGGACCAACAGGAAUACUGCGGGCUUCGAAUCGUGACAUUGAUACAUCACGUUCUAUGCACCCCAAUUGGCCGUUUUACAGCCACGAGAAGCAAGAAAAAGUCCAACCGGGAUCUAUUGUACGACUUGAAAUUGGAAUAUGGGGCAUGGGUGUUGAAUAUGAGGCAGGAGAGAGUCUGCAGCUGCGUAUCAGCGGCUUUUACCAAGGUAUCUCUAACUUCGGCACCAACGAGCAUAUUCAGAACCGUGGAAAGCAUUGGGUGCAUAUAGGUGGGAACUACGAUAGUCAUCUUGUUCUACCUUUUGUGUAG